ACUUCAUCAGCGCAAGAUAAUAACCACUUCCACAAACUCAAUAUCAAAAUCUCAAUCACAACCUCCCAACUGUUUAUCUUCGCUGUCUCUCUGACAAUUAGUGAUCUCGAAGCUCUUCUUAACCACGCAUGCCCACAGCUGCAAACCCAAUUAAUUCUCCCAAGUCUGAAUCUUUUCACCUCACAGAUCCAAAACUGGAAGCUCCAGCUGCUGCCUGCAGAUCUUGCUAACACUUCGUGAUCUGCAACAUUCUGUCUCUGUGCUUCUGCUCUCUCUCCCCCAACUGAAAACUAUUUUCCCGGAAAAGGAAAGACAUUUUCCGGGAAAAUGAGGCGAAGAGGUGCGGAUUUUCGGAGGCCGGUGAGGAGGAGGAUUCCUGAUGCGUUGUGGUGGGCAUUGUGCUGUGGAGUGGUUAUCCUCUUUGUCUAUAUUCUCAGCAAAGGGAACCAGAUUGAGUCAAGACCAGCUUUGGCACAGGGUUUGUGUGUGUGUGUGUGUUUUUUUUGUUUUUUUCUUGUUGGGCAGAUAUCCCUAGCAAAAGCUUUUGUCGUGAUUGCAAAAGAAAGUAACAAUUUACAAUUUGCUUGGGAAUUAAGUGCCCAGAUCCGCAAUUCACAAAUUCUCCUCUCGAACGCUGCCACUAGGCGAGUUCCUCUAUCAACUAGAGAAUCUGAAAGUGCUAUCCGUGAUAUGGCAUUAUUGUUAUACCAGGCUCAGCAGCUCCAUUAUGACAGUGCAACCAUGAUCAUGCGAUUCAAAGCAAAAAUUCAAGCGCUUGAAGAACAGAUGAAUUCUGUGACUGAAAAGAGUUCAAAAUAUGGACAAAUAGCUGCUGAAGAGGUCCCGAAAAGCCUAUACUGUCUUGGUGUUCGGUUGACAACUGAAUGGUUCAAAAACCUUAAUCUGCAAAAUAAAUUGAGGGACAAAAGACAAGUCGAGAUGAAACUUAAGGAUAACAAUCUUUUUCAUUUUUGUGUCUUUUCUGACAAUAUUCUCGCAACUUCAGUUGUUGUCAAUUCAACAUCGAUAAGCUCUAAGAAUCCUGAUAUGAUUGUUUUCCACCUUGUAACUGAUGAAAUAAAUUUUGCGGCAAUGAAGGCAUGGUUUGCCAUGAAUGAUUUCCGUGGGGUGACUGUGGAAGUUCAAAAGUUUGAAGACUUCAUUUGGUUAAAUGCUUCAUAUGUUCCUGUGCUUAAGCAACUUCAAGACACAGAAACACAGAGCUAUUACUUUUCUGGCAACAGUGGCGAUGGCAGGACACCGAUCAAGUUCCGUAACCCUAAAUAUCUAUCCAUGCUUAACCAUCUGAGGUUUUAUAUACCUGAGGUAUUUCCUGCACUAAAGAAGGUGGUGUUCUUGGAUGAUGAUGUUGUAGUUCAAAAGGAUCUUUCUGGUCUUUUCUCCCUUGACUUGAAGGGCAACGUCAAUGGGGCUGUGGAAACAUGCAUGGAGACAUUUCAUAGAUAUCACAAAUAUCUAAACUACUCCCAUCCUCUGAUUCAUACACAUUUUGAUCCUGAUGCUUGUGGAUGGGCAUUCGGGAUGAAUGUAUUUGAUUUGGUUGAAUGGAGGAAAAAGAAUGUUACCGGCAUCUACCAUUAUUGGCAGGAAAAGAAUGUCGACCGGACAUUGUGGAAACUUGGAACCUUGCCCCCUGGACUGUUGACUUUCUAUGGAUUAACGGAACCCUUGGAUCCAUCAUGGCAUGUAUUGGGUUUUGGCUACACAACCGUUGAUCCUCAGUUGAUAGAGAGAGGCGCUGUACUUCAUUUCAAUGGGAACUCCAAACCAUGGUUGAAGAUCGGCAUUGAGAAGUACAAGCCCCUUUGGGAAAAAUUUGUUGACUACUCUCAUCCUUUGUUGCAACAAUGCAAUUUCCAUUGAUUUCAGUAGGAGCUCCCAACCAUGGAUGGUGGAAGAUUCAGAUUAAAGAGUAGCAGGAUCAACACAUUGACUAUUUUCAUCCUCUAUUGCAGCAGUGAAAGUUGCAUUGAUUUGUGAGGAACUGGAAAGGUUUGAUGACCCUUACACGAACAAGCACAGAUUGAGGUUUUAAUUUUGUAGUUAGAAAUGCUUGUACAAUUUUAGGUCAGGCAUGCCUAGUGGCUGCAACUUGGGGGGUCUACAUUGAUUAUGAGUCUUCCGUUGUAGCAUAUAGAUGUUCAUUUGAUACAAGUAUUAGGCAAUAUCAAUCAAUUCAGAGCUUUUUCUUGUAUUUUUCUAGUAAAAGAUUGAUGUUAACCGCUAGUUAUACGUAGUAUCCAUUGCCAUUCA